CUGCAGUCUGCGGUCUGCCGGUGCCAUUUAUGCAGAAGGACCCUACAAUACAGAAAAAUUAUACCUCAAGAUCUUCCCCAAAUCCCCCCAAUCAUCCUCUCCACCCAGAUUUCGUCUCCUCAGGGGCGGAUCCAACGUGGGACCCCGAACCCGACGGUCGCCGCCGCCUGCUCGCCGUCCGGCCGUCGGCCGCCGCUCGCCUCCCCUCCCCUCCCCUCCCCAGGCCUGCGCCUCCCGGCUCCCGCCGUCCGUCGAGCCGCCAACGCCACCUCGGGAGCGGUCGCGCUGGCCAGCGGCACCGCCUCUCCUCCUACCGCCUGCUCUCCCCUCCUCUCCGACCAGAUCCACCUAUUCUAACUCGGAGGAACUGCUACGCCGCCACUGGGCGGCCGGCCACUCCUGGUUGGAGACCGGCAAAAUGGUUUAUCACUCUAGUUUUGUUGAUGAUGAUAGCAUCACCAAAGCUUGUGGCUGUCCUUUGCUUCCACUAAAAACUCAUAUAAAGGGUCCAGCCCCCACCUCUGAGCCAGAUAAAGCGGACAUAGUUGAUGAAGCCAUAACCUUCUUUCGAGCAAAUGUUUUCUUCAAAAACUUCCAUGUGAAAAGCCCAGCAGACAAGUUACUGAUCUAUCUGACAUUUUACAUCAAUAUUGCCCUGAAAAGAUUAGAAGGCUGCAGGACGAUAGCUGUUGGGACCAAGGCCAUCAUUAAUCUGGGCCUGGAGAAAGUUCCUGUGCCUGGGGAACCAGGGUUUCCUUUCCCUGGACUUUUCACUCUUCCGGUAUCCCAGGAGGAAGCAGAACUGUUGAGGAAUUAUUUGAAGCAGAUAAGGGAGGAAACAAGUGGAAGACUGCUCAGCUGUGCAUACAGAGCUAAUGGCUUUCCAAACAAAUGGUGGUUGGCAUUUGCGAAGAGGAAGUUCAUGAACAUUGUCAUCCUUUAGACGACAUAGAUAUUUUCGGCAACAGGUUAGAGUUGUUUGUAGAAAUCCUGGUAUCUCUUAUGAUUGCUAGGCAAAUAUGCCCAUGCGUUGCUACGGACAGUUGGUUUAAUUAUCAUAUACGUAUAGUUACCCGUUGUUUAGGUUGGUUCUAAUAAUGCCUGUUUGUCCAAUGCAAGAGUCCUUGUAUUUCACUUACCUAGUCCUGUUUGGAAUAUAAAGCUGUGUUUAAGCAGAAUCGUUGUCCA